AGCUGAAUUCUUCAACACCAUUGUUCCAAACCUCAAACACUCUCUCUCUCUCUCUAACUCUCAAACACUAUCUCCCCGUCGCCACAAACCUCCUCUACCCUCUCCACACCGACGCCUCGAAACCCGCUUUUCGUUACAUCUCCGGCGACUUCAUCCCGCUCACGAUAGCCGUCUCCAGCCUCGACUUCGACGAGCUCGUCGCGAAUCACGCGAAAGAAUCUGAUCAGUUAUACGCCGGCGCCGGCGACCCUGCUGGCUGAUGAAGAAAAUUACCAAAUUACCCCUCUGAUGUCUUCCCAGGCGACUCUCUUUCCCGGCCGGGGAAUCUGCAUCGGUUUGAGCAACCACCACAGCCUCGGAUUCGUGAAGGCGUGGGCUAUGGUCAACAAAUCCGGUGACGACGAGGCGUUCGUGUCGAAAAGCGGCGAAUCUCUGCCGAUUUUUGAGAGAUCCUCUGUUUUCGGAGAUUCUAGUAGGCUUGAUGGAAUCUUCUGGAAUGUAAUGAAGAACAUUCCUUUGAAAACGGCGCUAUCGAAUCCAUUUCCAACAAACAGAGUGAGAGCUUCGUUCAUCCUCCGCCAAUCUGAUAUAGAAAAGCUCAAGAAUCUGAUUUUGUCUGCGAGGCCAAACCUUGUUCGAGUCUCCACUUUCGUCGUCGCGGCGGCGUAUGUCUGGACGGAGGAUGGGUUUGUUGUGGCGGCAGAGGCUAUUGGUGGGGAGAUGAGGUCGAAAAUCUACGAUGGAGAUGAGUUUCUUAAAAGUCCGGAAAAUCGGCUGUCGGAGGUGCCGAAAUUAAAGGGCGUGAGGGUUUUGGUUGCGUCGGGUUCCCCGAAGUUUGAUUUGACGGAGGCGGAUUUCCGAUGGGGGGAGGCGAGGAAGGUGGAGGUCAUGUCGUUGGAUGAUACAGGGAAGUAUUCGAUGUCGUUGUGUAACUCCGGCGGCGGUGGUUUGGUCGUCGGUAUGUCGCUGCCAAAGGAGAUGAUGGUGGCUUUUGCUUCUAUGUUUAAAGAUGGUCUAAAACUCUAA